ACAACAAACUUCAUCUUUCACUCUUUCUUUCUUUCCUUCAUUCAUUUCUCUUAAACCAAACACACAUUAUUACUAUUAUUAUUAUUAUUCAUAUUAUUUUUUUAUUUUUAUAAUAACAAUAAUAACAAUAAUCUUUGCACAUGGACCUUCAAACCUUGGAGAAUUUGAAAAAAUCUUCAUCAAAGAACAAAAAUCAAGAUGAUGAUGAUCAAGAAGUGAAAGAGAAUACUAGUACUGUUCUUCAACUUGAUCUAAGUCUUUCAAGCAAUGAUGAAUCAAGAACAAAGCAAGAGCUGAACCUUCUCAACUUUCUUGAUCCAAAUUCAUCAGAAAACUCAUCAGAUUCGACCCAAGAAGAAGAAGAAGGUAACAAGAACAAGAAUCAUGAAAUGGAGCACAGAACAUUCUCAUGCAACUAUUGCCAGAGAAAGUUCUACAGUUCUCAAGCACUUGGUGGGCAUCAAAAUGCACACAAAAGAGAAAGAACAUUAGCAAGAAGAGGACACCACAAAUCUCCAUCAUCAUCAUCAUCAUCAAUGGUAGAUUUUGGAUACAGAUUCUCUCCUUCUUUUUCUUCUUCUUCUUCUUCAAAUGGAUCCUAUAACAAGCCACUUGGGAUCCAGCUUCAUUCUAUGAUCAAUAAACCUUCUUCUCAGCCACCCUUUUUCGCGACGACCUGUCGCGAAAACGGGUGGCAGAGACAGAAGCUUUAUUUGGAUUCACACCCUGCAAAUCGGAAGCUGAAUAGUAAUAAUGGUUUGGAAUCUGAAUCACCAUCAUCCAUGGCUGUUUUCGGCGGCGGCGGCGUGCCGAGGUUAGGGAAGUUUCAUCCUACAAAGCUUGUGACACAAGGUUUCGGAGGAUAUUGGUUUGGUAGUGUUUCUCAUUUGAAUUCUAAACAUGAAAAUAAGUUGCAGAAGCUUGAUUUGUCACUCAAGCUCUAAAGCAUUUUCACUUCCAAAAUUGUAAUUAAUCUCUCUCGAAUUUUUGUUCCUGUGAAUUUACAUUUAUGAAUUUUUAAAAUCUGUCGUUCGACAUUCUGUAUUUGUCAAACAUUAUAAUUCAACAGAAAAAAAAAAGCGUUAUUAUUGUAUUCUGUUUAAACAGUGUUUGACAAAUUUCAGAAUGUCGAACUUAUAUUUUAAAAACUUAAAAUGUAAAUUGCAUAAAAAUAAAUAAAGUUUG